GCUUUUGCCAUAUGAGAUCGGAUUACUGAACUUUGUUCUAAGAAAUAUCAUGUUUCGACUAAAAAAAACAGGAUGCAAUAUACUUCCCACUCUGUAGCUUAUAUGGAACACGGACACAUAUAACUCGGCAGUUCAGAUGGAUGAAGAUGGUUUAGUGCCUUCUGGGAUGAAGUUCAUGAAAACCCAAGAUGGUUAUUACAUGGAUGCAUUGGAUGGUACCACAACGCCCGGGAGGCAGUGCACGGGUAAAUUAAAGGUGUUGAUUAUGGUAGCAGCGCUUAUGGUGUUAGUACUGAUGGGGGUAUCUGUACUAAUUGGAAUGGCUAUAGGAGGCUUCUUUAAAGAUUCGACCACUGGACAACCACUUGCUGACACAACAGCGGUCGUUUCAAAUUGCACAUCGGCAACUGAAUUCCAGAACGAAGAUAACUGUAGCGGUCCAGGCGACACUAGGUCAACAGAUGGAGGACUAGAUGUAACGACGGUGUUCAAAGAUACACUUCCCCGAACUGUCCUACUGAUGUGGAUCGAUUAUAACGGAACUGCUGACCCGAGUAAGGGUUGGCAGUUGGCUCCGGGUGGCAGUUUGAGGCUUAAAACAAACACAGUCCAUCCAUUCGUGGCCAAGAUCGAUGGCACCGACGAGUGGGUAAGAAUAGGAGGGCAGUGUAAAUACUACCCACAAGCAGAACAUGUUGACAUUGCUUGAAAACAUAGGAAAAGGUCGAUAGAAACAUUUUUUUAAAUAAAGAUGGCAUAGUAAUCGAUCUGUGUUGAUUUAUAAAUAUACUGGAUUCUGUUGGUGCUGCCAUCUUUGUAUCGGCCCAGAACCUUU